AUGGAAAUGAAAAAUGACCAUUCAAAUAGUGAAAGUCUUAAAGAGAACGCUGGAGACCUCUUCCUACCAUGCAAUAUCCCUGAAGCACCGAAGCAGAUUGGUGAGAGUAGUGGAAAGCCCUCGAAGGGCAUGGCAAAAUACACUCCGGGUCCGGCAGGUUUAGCCCAAGAAGCCGCCACGCAAGCCACAUCUGAAAUCGGCCGAGCAAAAAUGGCGGCCAUAGAACGAGGAGAGAAACUCGGAGAAUUGGAAGAGAGGACGGAAAGAAUGAAGAUGGAGGCGGAAAUGUUUUCGCAGUCCGCCCAUCAACUCAAAAUGAAAUACAAAGAGAAAAAGUGGUAUCAAUUUUAG